AUGGUUCUCUUUGCAGCUUUGACAACGUUCUUCUUGCUGCUAAGGUGCACUUCAGCUGCGACGCCUACCGAUUUAGGCGAUGAGACUCCUUACCAAGUGAUUCCAACCGGCACUGAUGCUCCCCAGGCAACUGGCACUGUUUCACCUGAGAACCUUAUUGGAACCCAACUCUAUGGUUAUGUUGACUGCAAAAAGAACUUCGGCGGAGGGGCUAAAGGCAAAAUUGACGACGCCUAUUAUGAUGCAUGGCUGUUAUCCAACACUGAAGGAGUGGUUUCAAAUAUCGACUGGAACAACGCAGCUGCGCUGGAGUUUCUGGGUGCCCCGGCGACGAACAAAGACCAGCAAUCUGAAAUCCAGGCAGUUUUUGAAAAUACGGCAACGGUCAUCUAUAGUAACAUAAAUCCCUUCCCGCAUUGGAUCAAGAUUCGAUGUGAUGAUCCAUCAAAUAUAUGCCCAAAGUCCAAUCAAGAUGAUCCGUGUCAAUCCAGUUCAUCCAAGCGUGAUGGCCAGGCUAAAGCAAAGACAACACUACUUGCGUAUGCGACGAACGUUGACCCAGAUUCUCCCAGCUAUCCGAUGAUCAAUUUAUGCGAAGGCUUUUUUACUCGCAGAAGUCUGGCAGACGCAAUUUCAUUCGGAAAUGCUUACAGAUACCCAGAAAAAGCAAAACUUUCAAACUAUGAUAACAGAGGAGCUCUAUUUUUGCAUGAGUUAUUCCAUUUAAAUGUGGCUGCCAACUCUCCAGAUCCUAAUCCUUCUGUCCUUGACCUCAACAUCAAAAUCAAAUUUGGCCGCAACGGAAUCCUUGACACUCCGGCAUACGGUCCCUUGGCUACCAAAGUACUAGCUCGUUGGCAAGGUAAUUCAGCAGUGGGAACUGCUGGAUUCUGGGUUCAGCGAAACGCCGACAAUCUGGCAUAUUAUGCAUUGGCUAAAUACGUGAUGACCAAAAAUGGCGGCAUAUAUCCUCAUCUACCCAUUGUUACAUACGAAAUCGACGGGCCCCCACACCCGGGUAGCCUCGCCUCAUUUGUUACAGAAGGCAGCGACUUUUACUUGAACACUACGUCCGACGACGAUAUUACGGUCUGGAGUGGAGACUAUCCAGGCUGUGAUGACGAUUUAGUCGUGAGCGCAACCAGCUCUACUCUAAGUAUUGAUGGAUUUGUCCCAGCUUCCGACUACCCAGAUAGCUAUAACAAGCAAGUUUCGACUUGGAUAGAGGAGCUGGGCUCGACGGAUGGGGUUUCGGAUUCAGGUUCGGGAGGGGACGCCGGCCAGCAGAUCGCCAUUGCGUCCUAUAUUAACCCCCUCGGAGACUCGGCUUCAUGGGGACGGCUCCUUGCAUACGACACUAACAAGGUCAGCGUAUUGGUUGCCAAUGUUUUAAACGGACCAGAUUAUGUGGUCGAUGAAUCCUGGAAAUCGGUGAUUGAUCAAGCAGCGAGUCAAGGCAAAAAGAUCCUCGGUUAUGUUCGGACUGGUUACCUUGGCGUGAGUCAACAACAAUUUACAACUCGACUGGGCUCGCAUGAUCUCGCAGACUGGAGUUCGCAAAUUGAACAAGAUAUCGACAAGUGGUUCGAGCUCUAUGGCACCAGCCUCGGCGGUAUCUUUUUUGAUGAAGGCUGGCCAGAAUGCGGUCCCAACAAUAUCUACGCAGAUCUAUACGCAUACAUCAACAAUUAUACGAAGCGAAAACACCCCGGCGCAUAUACAGUACUCAAUCCUGGCUCGCCAAUAGCUCAAUGCUUUGAAGAUACUAUGGAUACGCUGUUAACAUUCGAGAGCAGCUACGAGACUUAUACAAGCUCAUAUGUACCUAAUGAUUGGACGCCAAAGGAUCCUCGAAAGUUAUGGCAUAUCAUCUACAAAGUUCCACAGGAUCAGAUUGCGACUAUUGCUGCUCUUGCCUCCAGCCGCCAUGCAGGGUUACUAGAAAUCACCGAUGAUGACCAACCCAACCCUUAUGAUAAUCUACCCAGCGAGGCUUAUAUGCAAGCACUUAUCGGCGCCGUACCAGGUGGCACGCCUCCCAUUGAUGACCUAGCUACAGCUACUAGCUCCUAUGUUGCUGGUCUUCCAAGCGACGUUGCCGUCUUCUCUUCGGACUACAGCUCAGUCACCCUCACCUGGUCAUCGGUCGCGAGUGCUCUUGGCUACGCGGUGUAUAAGGACGGUACCAUAGUACUGGAACUGCCAGCCUCAUUAACCCGAGCUACGGUCGGCAUGCUCGACCCCGGAUCCUCUAGUAUCUCCUUUGAGGUACGGACGGUCUUAGCUUCAGGAAGUGGGGGUGGCUCCUCCCGGAUGAUCUCGGCGAGCACGAAAAGCCUACCGGCCGACGGUCCAAUCGCCAAUGUUCGCUAUACACAGAAUGGCGACACCGUUGUCUACAAAGCCGAUAUCCUAGUGCCCUACGCAUUUGUGCGGCUCUUCAUCGGCAUCAAACAACCCGAUGUUGGAAUCGGCAGCGGGUGGCCAAUUCAGGUGCCAGAGGUGGACGCUCAAGGUGUUGCGCACCACGAGAUCGUUAACUACAUGGUUGAAGGCAAUGACUUUUACUCCGGCUUCUACAAAUAUACGGGCGCUUGGUACGAGACCACCACGGCUAAUGCGGAUUGGACGUGGGCCUCUAUCGGUGUCGCGCCUCAAUCCCAGAGUGGUUACACGUAUACAUGGAACGUCCCGUUCACUGGCACCGAUGCUGUAGCCAGCGAAUAUGUUAUACAAGGCCAAGGAUACGCCCCGAUUAAGAAUGUCUUCAUGGGAACUCUUCGUCAGUAUGGUACUAUCUGA